AUGAAGGCAGUACCGACCGGCGAGUGGGUGCGUCGAUGGCGACGUCACGUCUAUAUGAUGGAUAGAUACUACACCGCGCUGUACAGGAAGCUGACGAGCGCGGAGAUCUUCAACACGAACCAUUCGGCGCUGCUCUUCUCGCUCCUGUACAAGUCGCUAAAGCGGGACGGGAAUAUAGAGCGGGUGACGUCAUUCGUGAAGAGGCUGCUGCAGAUCAGCUGCUGCAUGGCCCCGGCGCAGGCGUGCGGGAUGCUAUUCCUCAUAUCGCAGGUGCUGAAGGACGGCGCGAAGAAGCAAGCGAUAAAGCUGGUGUGGAGCAGGAGCGAGACGAAAGAGGAAAUAAAAGAAGAAGAAACGGAAACGCAGGAGGGAGCAGACGCAGAAGUUGAUGAAACGCUGGACACAAGCGCAGAAACAGAAGUGAAGGAAGACGAGGAGAAAGUGGAGAACAAGAAAAUAGACCUUCUGCGUGGUGAUAAGAGAGACCUAUUAUUGGAUGACGACGAGGAGGCGUACGUGGAUUUGAAGAUCGACGAGGAAGGAAACGUGAAGCCGAGGAAGCGACGCGGUGGCCACGUGGCCGGCUGGCACCACGCCAGGGUCAAGGCUGAGGUGGACCCUGGGCCUGAGGGCACCGCUGAUGAUAAGGAGGCCACCACCAAGAUCCAGCUGAAGAGGGUCGCCAACAUGGACAAGGUGAUAUCGGAGUACAACCCUCACGUGCGGAACCCCUCAUUCGCCGGUGCCAGCUGCUCCGCCUACCUGGAGCUGCUGCCGCUCUCCAAGCACUUCCAUCCGACGGUCAAGCUGUUCGCCCAGAAGCUUCUAUCUGAACAGAUCAUCCAGUACAGCGGAGAUCCGCUGAAGGACUUUGCCGGCAUCCGCUUCCUGGACCGUUUCGUGUUCAAGAACCCCAAGAGGCGCUCGGAGGUGCGCCAGGACGGCGACGUGAGGAAGGUGAAGGGCUCACACCCCAAGUUCGCCAUCAGGAAGAACUACUCGGCCAGAGGUCUGAAAGCCAUACCGGUGACAUCCUCGUCAUAUCUAAAUGAGGACGUCAAGAAGAUACCAGUGGACGAGAAGUUCCUCUACGACUUCCUGCAGCGGCGCCGCGCCGUCCGCUCCUGCGAGGAGAGCGACAGCGACGCGGACUCCGUCACCAGCGAGGACUUCAACAAGUAUCUGGACUCGGUGACUGGUGCCGGGGCGGCCGACGAUUUUGACGAGGAGCUGGACUACCUGGCGGAGAUGGAGGCGUCGAAACAAAAGCGCGGCGCGAAGAAGAAUGGCCAAGAAAGCGACGAUCAGCUCGACGGUGAUGAUGACGUCAUCGAUGACGGCGACGACGAUGAUGAUGAUGACGUCAUCGACGACGGCGAAGACGGUGGCGAUUUCGACGACGAAAUCGACGAAGCAGACGACGCGGAACUAGACAUGUCCGGCGACGAAGACGAACCGACGCUAUCCGCUAACGAAGAUGAGCUACAGUUAGAAGACAGUAACGACGAGGACACUAUAGACGUUCCUGGCAAGAAGACCGCAAAGGGAAAGCCUAGGAUGAAACUCAAAGGCAAGGACGACUUGGGAUCGCUGUUCGCUUCCGCGGAGGAGUUCUCGACUCUUCUAGAGGAAACGGCUACCAACAAGAGCCAGGGCUCCAGCCAAGCGGUGGCCAACACGGACAACGCGAGCAAGAAACAGCUCGCCUGGGAGGAGAAACGCGACAGAUGGAUAAAGGGCUACAACAGGAAGAUCCUCGGCAACAAGAAAACUGGCAAUAAGAAGUUCAACGGCAAACGGAACGCCAAAGGCAAUUCCAAUAUGGCGGACAAGAAAAAGGGCGGCAAACGGAAAGCCGGCCGCGAAGAUGGCGCGGGCGGAAAACGGAAGAAGGUUAACAAA